CUUCAACAUUGGCACCCAGUUUCUUGGUCGCCUUUUCCACCGCAACCCCGGCGCAAGCCGGGUGUCUCAUGGCGGAAGCUGGCGAAGAGAAGUCGGAGAAGGAGGGCCCAGACCCACCACCAGAAGCUCCGCUGGCAGCGCGGGAGGCAGAAUGCCCCAGGCCGCGGAAGGAGGAGCGUUUUCAGGUGGUGGCCUUGCCACACCUGGGCAUGAACCUCCAAAAGGGCAAGGUCUACAGCAGAGCCAGUCUUGAAUCCAAGUGCAAUGGAGACAAGGCGAAGCUUCGAGCGCUGGAGCGAGCGCUGCUGAAGCCAAAGGUCUUCAAACCCGAAGCGCCGGCCGUAGACCGCAGCUCCGAGGCCAAAGCAGAAGCUAAGGAGGCCAAGGCGGCAGCCGAAGCACCGGCAGCGGAAACAGCGCCGGCAGAGGCGGAAGCUGCGCCGGCAGCUGAGGCCGACGAAGCCAUAGAAGCCACUGGAGAAGCCAAAGAGGCUUCAGCGAAGGUUCACCCAGUGUUCAUCAUGCCGCCCAAGGGGCAACUGAGGAAAGGCAAAGCCAAGGCCAAAGCAAAGGCUAAAGCAGAAGCCAAAGCCAAAGCAGAGCCAAAGGCAAAAGCUAAGGCCAAAGCCGAGCCAAAGACAAGAGCCAAGGCCAAAGCAGAGCCAAAGACAAAAGCCAAGGCCAAAGCAGAGCCAGAGGCAACAGCAAAGGCCAAAGCAGAGCCAGAGGCAACAGCCACGGCGAAAGCAGAGCCAGAGGCGACAGCCAAGGCCAAAGCAGAGCCAGAGGCAACAGCCAAGGCCAAAGCAGAGCCAGAGGCAACAGCCAAGGCCAAAGCAGAGCCAGAGGCAACAGCCAAGGCCAAAGCAGAGCCAAAGGCAACAGCCAAGGCCAAAGCAGAGCCAAAGGCAAAAGCCAAAAGUCAGGGGAAGAGAAAGGCGGCAGACCAACCGGAGCCCAGCAAGAAGCAGAAGGCAACUGUGCUGUACCGGGUGGUCACGCCGCCCAAACUCAACAUGGGGUUGAGGCUGGGCAAGACCUACCCUGAGGAGUUUCUGCGAGCCCGUUGCGGCGAGGACCAGGAGAAGCUGCGGCAGCUGGAGGAGAAGCUGAAGGACCCCGCCAUCUUCGAGGCGGUGUGAAAGCGACGUCUUCACUCGACGCCUUUUGAUCGCUGCACUCGGCAAGCGGUCUCCGGUGACGGAUCGGCGAAG